AGCACUGGGCCAGGCUGGGCCGGGUCGGGCGGCCUAGACAUGGUCGUGUGCCUGCUGACUACUCAUCCUCCACAUUUAGAACAGUUUCCAGAAAGUGGUGGGAGGGAGUGGGUAGGACAGCUAAAUAUAGUUCUUGGGCCACUGAACUCUCUGGGAGGGUCUGUCACCUGUUGCGAUCAGGCACUGCCAUCUGGCCCUGAAUCCCUGCCCUUGCACUGAGCCUGCUGCUUGCUUCUUGCUUGGACACAACUUGUCUCUGGACACAACUCCGAUCACUCUGCUGUUAGGCCUGUUCCUGACUGAUCCUCCUGGGAAUCUUUUUUGGCCUAAGUUCUCCCUCCAGACCUGCUCAUCAUGUCGGCUGCGCCCGGCCUUCUGCGCCAGGAACUGUCCUGCCCGCUGUGCUUGCAGCUAUUCGAUGCACCAGUGACCGCUGAGUGUGGCCACAGUUUCUGCCGCGCCUGCCUGAUCCGUGUGGCAGGGGAGCCUGCCGCCGACGGUACGGCUGCUUGUCCCUGUUGUCAGGCACCAACACGACCGCAGGCGCUAAGCACUAACCUCCAGUUGGCGCGCCUUGUGGAGGGUUUGGCUCAAGUGCCCCAAGGCCACUGCGAGGAACACCUGGAUCCGCUGAGCAUCUACUGCGAGCAGGACCGCACGCUCGUGUGUGGGGUGUGUGCCUCGCUGGGUUCGCACCGUGGCCACCGUCUUCUGCCUGCAGCCGAAGCCCACGCACGCCUCAAGACACAGCUUCCACAGCAGAAGGCGCAGCUGCAGGAGGCGUGCAUGCGCAAGGAGAAGAGUGUAGCAGUACUGGAGCAUCAGUUGGUGGAGGUGGAGGAGACAGUGCGUCAGUUCCGGGGAGCUGUCGGGGAGCAGCUGGGGAAGAUGCGGAUGUUCCUGGCUGCCCUGGAAAGUUCUUUGGACCGUGAAGCAGAAAGGGUUCGGGGUGAUGCUGGGGUGGCCUUGCGGCGGGAGCUGUCAAGCCUGAACUCUUACCUAGAGCAACUGAGGCAGAUGGAGAAGGUGCUGGAGGAGGUGGCCGACAAGCCACAGACAGAAUUCCUUAUGAAAUACUGCCUGGUGACCAGCAGGCUGCAGCAGAUCCUGUCAGAGUCACCACCACCAGCAAGGCUAGAUAUCCAGCUACCUGUCAUCUCAGAUGACUUCAAGUUCCAGGUGUGGAGGAAGAUGUUCCGGGCGCUGAUGCCAGACUUGGAGGAACUGACUUUUGACCCCAGCUCUGCGCACCCGAGCCUGGUGGUGUCCCCCUGUGGUCGCCGAGUGGAGUGCUCGGAGCAGAAGGCGCCGCCAGCAGGAGAAGACGCGCGCCAGUUCGACAAGGCAGUAGCGGUGGUGGCGCAGCAGCUGCUGUCACAGGGCGAGCACUAUUGGGAGGUGGAGGUGGGCGACAAGCCGCGCUGGGCCCUGGGAGUGAUGGCGGCUGACGCUUCCCGCCGUGGCCGGCUGCACGCGGUACCGUCACAGGGACUGUGGCUGCUCGGCCUGCGCGAUGGCAAGAUCCUGGAGGCGCACGUGGAGGCCAAGGAGCCGCGGGCACUGCGCACCCCAGAGAGGCCGCCUGCGCGCAUCGGCCUCUACCUAAGCUUCGCUGAUGGCGUCCUGGCUUUCUAUGAUGCGAGCAACCCCGACGCACUUACACCGCUCUUUUCUUUCCACGAGCGUCUGCCCGGGCCGGUGUACCCCAUCUUUGACGUGUGCUGGCACGACAAGGGCAAGAAUGUUCAGCCCCUGCUGCUUGUGGGGCCCGACAGCGAGCAGGCCUGAGCACCUGCCGACUGGGAGGGAGGCCUGGUCCUGAAGGCAAUGGGAUCACUUAGCUCACCUUUGUUAGGAGGCCCGGAUGGGUCGGGUGGGGCGGAUUUCCAGGAUUGGCUGGGGGUGGGAAGGGUGUUUGUCUUAUAGAGUUCAGGGGAGUACACAGGUUGGGAUGCACAGGGGACUGAAGUGAGGAAUAGAAAGAUUACUCAGGCCAGUGAGGAAAUCUGAGUUUGGGCCAAGAGUUCCAGGAGGAAGCUGAGGUCUGAACCUGAGCUCUCCAAGAGGCUUCGGAAAGGAUUUAGUGGAGGAUCUUGGGAAGUCUGUGGAGCAAUGGUCCCUUCAGCCCUGCAAUCCACUCCUGAAAGCCCCCUCCUCUUCAAGGUUGCAGAUUCCUCAUACCCAAUGGUUUUUUUGUUUGUGUUUUUUUUUUGUUUUGUUUUGUUUUGUUUGCUUUGAUUUUUUCGGGACAGGGCUUCUCUGUAUAGCCCUGGCUGUCCUGGAACUCACUCUGUAGACCAGGCUGGCCUUGAACUCAGAAAUCUGCCUGCCCCUGCCUCCCAGUGUGCUGGGAUUACAGGCGUGCACCACCACCGCCCGCCUCUGAUGGGGUUUCCAACUGCCUUUUCAAAGCCUCCCAGCAUCCAGGAGGCUGAGGCAGGGGGGUGGCAAGGUGAAAGCCACGGGGCUCUAUUACAAACGACAGUGGCUGUGUUCUGAUGUAGUGGGUGGGUGAGGGGAGGUUGUCAAAGAGGGCUUCUAGAAGCUGUAGAGAUGACUCCAUGUCAAGAGCACCUGCUGCUCUCCAGAAUGUUGAGGUUCAGUUCUUAACAGCAACAUUGUGGCUCAUAACCCUCUAAUCACAAUCAAUCUGAUGGCCUCUUCCAGCCUCUGUGCACAUUGUGGUACACAGAUAGUUGUGCCGGCAAGACACUGACGCACGUUAAAAAAUGGACGGAUUCCCUCUCUAUCUCUAUUUCUGUCUCGAGCUUUGGAGACAAGGUCUUGCUAUAGAGCUCAAGCUGGCAUAGAAUUCAAUGUGUGCCCCAAGUUGACUUCAAAUUUCUGGUUCUCCCCUUUGACCUCUGGAGUGUUGUGGUUACAGGUGCAUGCUAUCAUGCCCAGCAAAGACAGUUGGUUGUGACAAGUUUCUAAGUGAAGCUGCUGGUCGCCUUGAGAUCUCACUGAGAGCACACCCUGACUGUAGGCUAUCAGCAUGGACAAGAGGCUGUAAGUCUGAUUAUAUUGCCUGAUUCAACUAACACUUAGACCCGCCUGACCGAGAGAGUGGAGAGGGAAGGGAAGAGCUCAGUCUUUCCCGCUGCCUUAGUCAGGGUUUCUAUUCCUGCACAAUCAUCAGGACCAAGAAGCAAGUUGGGGGAGGAAAGGGUUUAUUGAGCUUACACUUCCAUGUUGCAGUUCAUCACUAAAGGAAGUCAGGACUGGAACUCAAGCAGGUCAGGAAGCAGGAGCUGAUGCAGAGGCCGUGGAGGGAUGUUCCUUACUGGCUUGCUUCCAUUGGCUUGCUCAGCCUGCUUUCUUAUAGAACCCAAGACUACCAGUCCAGGAAUGGCACCACCCACAAGGGGCCCUCACCACUUGAUCACUAAUUAAGAAAAUGCCCCACAGCUGGAUCUCAUGGAGGCAUUUCCUCACCUGAAGCUCCUUUCUCUGUGAUAACUCCAGCCUAUGUCAAGUUGACACACAACGCCAGCUGGUCGACCCAUUGCUUCUAGAAUAUGUUUUUGUUUUGACAUUGAGGAAAUCCUCCAUGUUUCUCACCAAGAGAAAGCUCAACACUGUCUUUUUGUGGGCCAUGCUGCUGGAGGCAAAUAAGGCUUUCUGUGGGCUUCCAAACUGCCUCUUCCUGUCUUCCUUGGAACCUUGCUCUGUAACCCAGACUGGUCUUGAACUCAGAGAUCUGCCUGUCUCUGCCUCCAGAGAACUGGAAUUAAAGA